AUGAACUUCUGCCACCGCCGCCGCCGCUACUGCCCACCUCGAUUGCCGCCGUUCGAACGCCGCUGCUAUUAUGUCUACUCUACAGCCAUUGCAACGCCGCCAACACCUGUUCUACCGCCGUUCCAGCACCGCCACUGCCACCAUCACAAGCUUCUGUCACCGCCGCUUCCCACCACCGUUCCAACACCGCUGUCACCGCCGUCUCUGCUACCACCGUCCCAGCACCACCACACAAUUCCAACGCCGCCACCACUACUAACACUGCCGCUUCCACCGUUCCAACACUGUCGUUCUAAGCCCGCCACUGCCGCUUCCACCUCCCUACCCCGCCACCGCCACUGUCGCUUCCACCUUCCAGCCCCGCCACUGCCGCUUCCACCCUCCCCAGCUCCCGCCGCCGUCCCUCUCCACCCGAGGGAACACCCACGGACGGCGGUCAUAAGCUCCUCGCCGACGCCCACUUACAGGGACGACUUAAAAACCGACACCGCAGCUUAUCCGACGCGCGCUGUACGCCUGCUGGAGCAUCUGGCCACUUGUUAA